AUGGCUCCCAAGGUCCUGGUUGUCCUCACUUCUCAGAAUACGAUCCCCAAGACCGGCCAACCGACCGGUUGGUACCUGCCCGAAUUCGCCCACCCCUGGCAUGUUCUCCACAACAAGGUCGACCUGACCAUCGCCUCCCCCAAGGGCGGCGAGGCGCCCCUCGACCCGGGCUCGAUCAAGCCGUUCGAGAAUGACGAGAUCGCUGUCAACUUCCUGAACACCCAGCAGGCGCUGUGGAAGAACACCCACCGACUAGCCGACAUUGUGCCUCGCGCGGGCGAGUUUGAUGCCAUUUUCUACGUCGGUGGACAUGGACCAAUGUUCGACCUCGUCACCGACCCGACCUCCCUCGCACUCAUCCAGACCUUCGCCUCAGCCCGCAAACCCGUCUCGGCCGUGUGCCACGGCCCCGUGGUCUUCGUCAACGCGACAACACCGUCGGGCGAGCCCCUGCUCAAGGGCGCCCAGGUGACGGGCUUCUCGAACGACGAGGAGAACCAGGUGGGCAUGAUGGAUCCGAUGCCGUUCGCGCUCGAGACCGAGCUCAACCGCGUCAGCGGCGGCAACUACGUCAAGGCCGACCAGCCGUGGGGCGCGAAGGUCGUCGUCUCCAAGACCAAUUCCCUAGGAGGACCCUUGAUUACGGGUCAGAACCCGGCUAGUGCGACGGGCGUUGCGGAGGAGCUCCUCAAGGCGUUGGGUCUGUAA